AUGAUUAACCUGCUGGAGCUGCUUUCGGGAAGACUGCUGGGUCACCAGGAUGCGAGCAGGCAGGUCAAGAACGAUGCUGCCAUGAGCGUCCAGAUGGUGUCUCAGUUCCCGUCCAUUCAGCAGUCCAGCAGCAGGGUGCCUCCUCCACUCCCCAGGGGCAUCAGGCCCAGUCAGGCUCUUUCUCCAGAGGCUGAGGAACUGCAGAGACUCCUUCCACUACUGGAGUGGCCAGCUCCACCCUGGAAUGCAGGGGCCUUCGAUUCCUCCACCAGCCCAAAGAAGAGCCACUACCAGCUUUGGCACCCCCAGCACAAUUACACAAUGGGCAACACCUUGCUGGUGGUGUUGGAAGCCCGGGACCACUGUGGGCAGCCCAAGCCCUAUGGGGGGGACUUUUUCCAGGCCAAGGUGCACUCCCCAGAGCUGAAGGCGAGUGUGGCUGGGACUGUGGAGGACCACCGAAACGGCACCUACACACUGGCUUUCCCGCUUCUGUGGGUGGGUGCUGUGCAAGUGUCUGUGAGCCUCAUCCACUCCAGCGAGGCUGUGGCCCUCCUCCGCCAUGUCCGCCACUCCCAGCCCUCCACGGUUGCCUUCUGGGGCUACUACGUGAAGCCAGGACAGCUGAGUCCAGAAGAGAGGACUGAGUGCAACGUGCACCCACUCCCGGGCCCGACUUGCCAGUAUGCUGAUGCCGGCACAGGGGAGCGCUGGUUUUGUGCCCAGCCACAACACCUCCCUUGCAGUGCCCUGGUGUAUCACUCUGCCGGGCUCUACAAAGAUGCAGUCAGCAAAACCGAAAGUGCCUUCCUUGGUAGGUGCGUACAGGAGACUCGAGAAGCCAGCUCCCCCCCUCGCCUCUGUCGCCCAGGUCUUGCCCCAGCCCACCCACCAGGCUUCUACUACAGAGAUGUGUGGGUGUCUCUGGAAUGCUCCAGCCGGACCUUCCCCACGCCGGACCUGGUCCUGGGUUGCCUGAGAGGCAAGGUAGUCCACAUGAUGGGAGACUCCACCCUGCGCCAGUGGUGGGAAUUCUUGGUGGCGUUCAUCCCUUCCCUCAAGCAAAUAGACUACCACGCGACCUAUCAGUCAGGCCCUUUGUUGGCUGUGGAGCCUGAAGCGGGGCUGGUGUUGUGGUGGCGGGCGCAUGGCGUUCCACUGCGCACGCAGAAGACCAAGAUGGCCGACCUGCACUAUGUGGCCAAUGAACUGAAUGCUCUUGGUGGGGGCCCCGAUGUGGUGGUGGUCUUCACCAUCUGUGCCCACUUCACCACUUUCCCCCUGGAGCUGUAUGUCCGCCGGCUACACCAGGUUCGAGAGGCUGUGACCCAGCUGCUGGCCCGUAGUCCGUCCACCACCAUUGUGAUCAAGACCGCCAACACGGGCUAUUUGUCUGUCUAUGGCAGUGACUGGCUCUCCAUGCAGCUGGACAGCAUCCUCCGUGCCAUGUUUGCUGGCUUGCCAGUGGCCGUGGUUGACGCCUGGGCUAUGACUGCCUGCCACUACCUCCCCAGGAACAUCCACCCCGGCAAGGUCAUUGUACGCAAUGAGGUGGACUCCUUCCUCUCCUUUGUCUGCCCAAAAGCCUGAU